CUGUCAAAUUGCUUUUUUUUUCAGGGUUGCCAACACUUCACCGCACAAAUGGCGGAAAAUUCAAAUCUUGCGUUCAUUUUGGGACACCCGGGCCGUUAGUAUGUACCGAAAAUUGAAAAAAUCGGCCACUGUUACAGGUUUCCGUUCCAUAAAUCUGAUAAAUCGAUUUCCUUGAUUGUUUUUUGUUUUAUGGAACACAGUUCAUCGAAUUUGGUUAUAUCUGGUUGCAACCAAUCUAACCACGAUAAAAGCUUCGUUUUACCUGGUUAAAAACAAUAUGGUGGAAACGUCAAACAAAUUCAAAGAUCAGGAAAUUAAUAUGACUUUUGGCAGUGGACAUUUGGCAUAAAUGGGGAUUUACGAUAAUUCAACCGUUCUAACCGGGUAUCACCAUAGAAACAAUUGUCCCAAUAAUUGUAACCAUAGCAAAAUCUAUCAUUACACCAGUUGAAUUAUCGUAAACCCCCAAUGAUGUAAGACUGUCAAGAAUUUGAAAAAUUUUGUAGGUUAGAUAUUGGUUUGGCAUGAAUAAUUAACAGAGGACCAAAAGUAAACGCAAGUAACCAUCACCAUGGUUCAAUGCUUUUGAUUUGCGGUACAUACUAUUAGUACGAAGAGUGCGGUCGCAUAUGCAACUGACAAAUUUAAACAGACUUGCAUGUCAUGUUGCCUAGCAACGAUUUCACAGGUGAUCUGCCGACCUACAUUACUCGUUUCCAAUGGGACAUAGCUAAGUAUCCUACCAAACAAUCUCUAAGGAACAUCGCUGAUAUAAUCAGCAAGCAAGUAGGUCAAAUCGAUGCUGAUCUUAAAACGAAAUCGACAGCGUAUAAUAAUUUAAAGGGCAAUUUGCAAAGUUUAGAAAAAAAGCAAACGGGAAGUUUGUUGACUCGAAAUUUAGCCGAUCUGGUUAAGAAGGAGCAUUUCAUUUUGGAUUCAGAGUAUUUGACAACAUUGCUCGUUAUUGUACCCAAGUCACAAUUUCAUGAGUGGCAGACUUUGUAUGAAAAGUUAACCGAUAUGGUAGUUCCCCGCUCAUCGGUGUUAAUUACUCAAGAUCAAGAAUAUGGGCUUUAUACAGUGUCGUUAUUUAAGAAAGUGGCCGAUGAGUACAAGUUGCAUGCACGUGAAAAGAAGUUUAUUGUACGUGAUUUUACUUAUAAUGAAGAAGAACUUGCCGCUGGUAAAAAUGAAAUAACAAAGCUGGUCACCGAUAAGAAGAAACAGUUUGGUCCUUUAGUAAGAUGGUUAAAAGUGAACUUUAGCGAAUGCUUCUGCGCUUGGAUACAUGUAAAGGCAUUAAGAGUUUUUGUAGAAUCUGUCUUGAGGUACGGGCUCCCUGUAAAUUUCCAAGCAAUUCUGUUACAUCCAAGUAAAAAAAGUGUUAAACGUCUAAGAGAUGUACUCAAUCAAUUAUAUGGUCACUUAGACAGUAGCGCCCUUCAAGCUUCUUCAGGAGCCGAUGUAAGUAAUCAUUGGGAUAAAAUGAUUAAUAUUGACGAUAUAACUUUGCAGAGUGUAGAUAUUCCUGGGUUGGGCUUCGGACAGUCCGAAUACUAUCCUUAUGUAUAUUACAAGAUUAAUAUCGACAUGAUCGAUACCAAGGUAUAAGUUGAGUUUUAGUAGAACACUGUUUAAUGUUUCACAGAAUGUUUACUUUUAAUAGAUUGUUAAUAAUUAUAUUAUAAUUGUAUGUAAAUAAUUAUACAUAGUAGGGCUUAAAGUGAAGUCCAUAUAAUACUAGACUUUAUUUAUUACAAGUAACCCUUUAAGAUCAACACCCUCCUAUUCCUACGGAGUAAAUAGAAAGGUGACACGUACAAUACACUACACGGAAAGAUUGAUAUGCUGUAUAGAUGACAUCAAAUAUUACCAACAAGGCAGCUCUUAAAGGGUUACAAAAAAUUUUUACAGAUAGGACAAUAAAUUAACGCCCUACUCUACAAUGUAAGCAUUACUUGGGCAACAAAGUGUCUAUAUAUAAUCUUUGUCAAAAAUAAAUAGUUAUUCUCUAAAGACCUUACUUUAGUGUAUAAAGUAAAUUUCAUUAGUUGCAGUAUUAUUUUAAUUUAGUUUAUUUGUGGUGAUAGGGAUGCUUUGUUGUCUUCUUUUAUAUAAACAUGUGUAAUGUAGCGUUUCGCUUCUAAUUGCUAGAAGUUAUUACUGUGAGUAUGCCAUUCCAGCUUUUACAUUAACAAAUUGCACAAAGAUUGUUGUUAUAUAUCAUAAAAUUGUAUAGGAAAAAUAUAUUGGAAAGUUGGUGGAAUGACACUAUACUCAUUUCAAAUAUCGGAAAUACCUGGCAAGAAUUUAUUCUGUUGUAUUAUAUUCGUACUUAAAUUAUAAUACAUUUUGAUAGGAAGUGUCAUAUAAACCGCCAGAAAAUCUGGAUUUCUGAUAGAAGUUCAGGAGAAGUAUUUUCCUUGUACAUAGAAAUAAUCUAUUUUAAGUGUAAAUAUAAUGUAAACAGUUAAGUAGUUUUAUGAAAUAAUUCUCAUCAUUUCCUGUAUGUAGUUGUUUUUUAGAUGAUUGUUAUGAAAUCUUAAUAAUGUUUCUUGAUUAUAAGAAAAUAAAUGGCUAUUAAGAUGGUA